CGUUACAUCAAGUACAUAAUGUACAAAUACUAAAUCAUGCCUUUUGCGACUAUGAAUAUCAUUUUCCCUUAUUUCCUUUAACUUUACCGGUUAUUAUUCGUAGCAUAGACUUAUUCUGUGAUGAGUUUAUAGAUAUGGUAUGCAAAAGCCUAUGCUAAUGCUCGUCUUAUAUACAUUCUGAGGUACCUUACCUUAGGUAGGUACUCGCCCCGCCCCCAAACGCCGGUAGCCCUAGCCGUGGUACACCGCGCUAGUGAUAAGUUCUCGGAGCCAAUGGCAAAGCGUCUAAGCCAGCUUCCUAUGCGGUUAGCUGUUAACAGGAUGUACCUAUGUACGUAUUAAUCAAGGAACUCCUGUAAUUUUCCCGUAAGGCUUCCUUUAUAUAAAGAACGAUACCAACCUAACAAUACCUAGGUACCUUAGGUAGGUAACUAGUCCUCCCCAUUGCUUCCCCUCUUUGUUCACCCCCCCGCUUCUGCCUGUAGGCAAUCAAAUUCGGCGAGGUUAGCGAAUAGAAGGGCUCGGCGAGGUUGUAAGACAAAAUUCGGCGGGUUUGUUGGUGUCUUAAGGCGGCGUCGUAGCGAGGUUAAUAACAAUAUAUCUUGCUCACACUUCUUUUUUUCAUCUGUUUCUGAUUGACCCAUCGUGGCAUUUCACAUUUCGUCAUCUCUGUUAGGAUUUAUCUCUUUUACUCUUAUACCCACGUCGUCCUCUCAUCAUGGUUCUCACCGCCCCUCCUGCCGAAGUGGCCAUUAUUGGCGGAGGUCUUGCCGGUCUAACCCUCGCUCUGGCGCUUCAUGACUUGAAUAUCCCCUCUACGGUCUAUGAGGCCCGCUCCGCGGAUUUUGACCAAGGGGGUGGUAUCAUGCUAUCGCCCAAUGCCCUGCGGGUCCUUGAUAGCGUGGGCGUCUACAAACGUGUUCGCGAUAACUCACUGCAAUUCGAUGUCCUAACUUUCAAGGAUGGCCAGGACCAGACCACUGAUGUCUACUACUUUGGCUCAGAGAAACUAUACGGCUACCAUGCCAUCCGUAUCAUGCGUAAAGAACUUUUGGAUGAGAUGAGGGCCAUGCUGCGGGAGCGCAACAUCCCGAUCCACUUUGAUAGUAAAUUAACUGCCAUCACAUCUGACGGCCCAGACAAGGUCGAAUUUACAUUUGCGGACGGCCGUGUGGCGUCUGCUCCUCUCUUAAUCGGAGCCGACGGUAUCCACUCGACUGUGCGUGGGACUUUCUUACCCCAGGUAAAGCCUAUAUACGCUGGUUUUAUGGGUAUCAACAGCGUCGUGCGGAGAUCUCAGCUUCGCAUUCCUGAAGGUUACAGCUUACCUGCAACCGUCAUGGCCAAGCCGGGCGCGUUUCUACUAGUCCCCCAGAAGCCGGACGGUUCCGAGCUUUUCAUUGGUUCGCAGCGGCGAUUUCCCGAGCUGGACGCAGCGGGCUGGGAAGCGCUGAGGAAAGACAAGCAAAAGCUAUAUGAUAUGCUUCAAGAGAAUAAGUCUGACUGGCCAGAUAUUGUGCAGUCAGCUCUAGAGGCAACACCUGUGGACCGGAUGGGAUUUUGGGCGUUCCAUGGCAUACCGCCAUUAGCAUCGUGGCUGUCCGAGUCCAAGAGAAUCAUCCUAGUUGGAGACGCAGCACACGCAAUUCCCCCAACUGCCGGUCAAGGUGCAAACCAGGCUUUCGAGGACGUGCGAGCACUGGCCACUCUGCUCUCCAAGCUCUCGCCUGAGGUGCCGCUAGACAAGGCCACCGCGCAGUGGCAGUCCUAUCGCCAAGCGCGAGUUAAGAAAGUCCUUGACCUAACUCAGCAGAUGAAUGCGAAACGUCUACCAGAAUUGGAGCGAGCUAAACUCCCUCCGGGCGCUAUCUGGUCCGACCAGUCUCUUACACGUGGGGAAGGAGGAGAGUUACGUUGGCUAUACGAUCCAGACUUGUCACAGGAGGCUGAGAAGUGGGUGGAAGAGCUCAAACAGGCUGCAAACCCUUGAAGUAAAAACAAGAGACUUACCUAGAAUUAGAGUCCAGAAAUGACUAUGCACUUAAUAUCAUUAUCCACCUACCUACUAUGGAAAGUACCUAAGAUAGGUAGUUAAGUACCUGAUUAGCCUUUUAAGCCGUGUACUUUCGUAGCUGACCCCUGAAGGACCUUUUUUCCAUCUUGGAUGACGAAAAUGUGGCAUCGCGGAAGUACUAUGUAGACCGCCAUCCUUGUAAGUAGACUAAUGCACGAUUUCUAAAAUCAGUAGGCACUCAUAGGUA